CGAGAGGAGGUGUGUGAACGGAGCAGCGUGUGUUUGAUCAACAUGAAAACCGUUCUAGAGAACCCGCUGGAGAUCCAUUAUGUCUCAGUGGAGGUGUUAGACGUUAACGACCAUUCUCCCAGCUUUCCCGAGAAAGAGAAUCGGUUAGAAAUAUACGAGUCCGCUUUACCUGGUGCACGAUUUCAGCUGCAAGCUGCCGUUGAUCCAGAUGGUGACCAGUACUCGGUUCAGCAAUAUAAACUCAGUCAUAAUGACCAUUUUCGUUUGGAGGUUAAAGAUCGAGGAAGGGAAGGUAAAAUUCCUGUUGUAAAUCUACUAAAGCCCCUAGAUAGAGAAGCUAUGAAAACACAUACAUUACUGCUCACAGCCAUUGAUGGAGGAAAACCUCCCAGGUCUGGGACUGUGGAAAUAGUUAUUGAUGUUUUAGAUGUAAAUGAUAAUAUGCCCGUUUUUGUCAAAGAGUUAUACUCAGUGACAUUGAAUGAAAAUUCUCCAAUAGGCACGACAGUCGUGCAAGUAAAUGCCACGGAUUUAGACGAGGGUUCGAAUGCCGAGGUCCUUUACUUUUUCGGUAAAAUGGUAAAAAACAAGAUACGUAAACUUUUCGAUGUAAAUACGAAUACGGGUGAGAUAGUUGUGAAAGAAGUUGUCGAUUUCGAGCUACAAGACAGCUAUGAGAUUGACAUAAUGGCAUCUGAUAAAGGAUCUGCCCCUCUGACAACUGACAAAAGCAUAACAGUAAAGAUUAUUGACCUCAACGAUAAUGCACCUGAGAUCGAGGUGACGUCUUUUUCGAACGCAAUCCCUGAGGAUUCUAGACCAGGUACCACUGUAGCACUGAUCAGUGUUAAUGAUUUAGACUCUGGUCUUAAUGGCAAAGUGAUCUGCUCUUUAGUUGAGGACAUACCAUUUACAUUAAUGCCGUCUUUACAGGACAACAUGUAUUCUGUAGUCACCAAGUCAUCACUGGAUCGAGAGAAAUUAUCACAAUAUGAUCUAACAAUAGCUGCUAAAGACGCAGGCCAGCCGCCCCUGUCAUCUGUAAAGACUAUAAGCGUAGUUAUAUCAGAUGUGAAUGAUAACAGUCCAGAGUUUACAUUAAGCUCCUAUACUUUAUAUAUCACUGAGAAUAACGACCCAGGUGCCUCAGUAUUUUACGUAAGUGCUUCAGAUCGUGACAUAGAUGAAAACGCUCUUAUUUCAUAUUAUAUUCUUAGAGACGGUGGUGACGAGAACAAAUGGGCAUCUUUCCUCAACAUAAAUUCAGAAAAUGGAAACAUUUUGGCGCUAAAAAGCUUUGACUUUGAAACUUUAAAAACAUUCAAAUUCCAAGUUGUAGCUACAGACUCUGGAACUCCG